UGCAAGCCCGGCGGUCCAGACUUCUCCAUCUCCGUGUCCGCCUGCCUGCCUGACCAGCGGUCUGUCUGACUGUCCUGCAGCGCCGGGACCGUCUAGACGGAGAGGGGGCUCAGGCGGCGACGGCCUAGACAGGGCCUCAAUGGAGCCCUGGACACACAGUGCCUACCCUCACCUGCCUGGGCCUCAGUUCCCACAUCCGUGCAAUGGAGAUGAGUGUCUUUGCCCUGCUGGCCUCCGGGAGUGGCUGUGAGUUGGUGGUGGUCGAGGUGGAGGCCUGUGGGAAGCCCUAGGGCGCGUGCACAGGCCCAGCCUUCACCAUGGCUGGAGGGAGACCUCACCUGAAGCGAAGUUUCUCCAUCAUCCCCUGCUUCGUCUUCGUGGAGUCUGUGUUGCUGGGCAUUGUGGUCCUGCUGGCAUACCGCCUGGAGUUCACGGACACCUUCCCUGUGCACACCCAGGGCUUCUUCUGCUAUGACAGCGCUUAUGCCAAGCCGUACCCCGGGCCUGAGGCUGCCAGCCGGGCACCUCCCGCCCUCAUCUAUGCUCUGGUCACUGCUGGGCCUACCUUCACGAUCCUGCUGGGGGAGCUGGCCCGUGCCUUCUUUCCUGCUCCACCCUCCGCCAGGCCUGUCAGUGGGGAGAGCACCAUUGUGUCUGGGGCCUGCUGCCGCUUCAGCCCCCCACUCCGGAGGCUGGUCCGUUUCCUGGGGGUGUACUCUUUCGGCCUCUUCACCACGACCAUCUUCGCGAAUGCGGGACAGGUGGUGACCGGUAACCCCACGCCUCACUUCCUGUCUGUGUGUCGCCCCAACUACACGGCCCUGGGCUGCCCACCGCCGUCUCCUGACCGGCCAGGGCCUGACCGCUUCGUCACGGACCAGAGCGCCUGUGCAGGCAGCCCCAGCCUGGUGGCCGCCGCUCGCCGCGCCUUCCCCUGCAAGGACGCGGCCCUGUGCGCCUACGCGGUCACCUACACUGCGAUGUACGUGACCCUAGUGUUCCGCGUGAAGGGCUCCCGCCUGGUGAAACCUUCCCUCUGCCUGGCCCUGCUGUGCCCCGCCUUCCUGGUGGGCGUGGUCCGCGUGGCAGAGUAUCGCAACCACUGGUCGGACGUGCUGGCUGGCUUUCUGACGGGGGCGGCCAUCGCCACGUUUCUGGUCACCUGUGUUGUGCACAAUUUCCAGAGCCGACCCCCCUCUGGUCGAAGGCUCUCCCCCUGGGAGGACCUGAGCCAGGCCCCCACUAUGGACAGCCCCCUCGAAAAGUUAAGUGUGGCCCAGGAACCCGAGACCUGCAGGCCGCAUUCGACACCGGCACGGCUCACCCCAUCCAAGCCGCAGAACUGUGCCCGCCGUGGCCACCUGAUUCCCAGCUGUGUGUCCUCCAGGGCCCCAGCCAUGUGCUCCUCGCCCCGUGUGCCCCGCCCUCGACUGAGGUCUGAGCCAACACCCCUGCCGCUGCCGCUGCCCCUACCCGCACCGACUCCCAGCCAGGGUCCCUCGCCUUCCUCCCCUGGACCCGGGGGCCCAGGCGGGGGAGGCGGACGCGGCCGGAAGCUGCUGCUGCCCACACCCCUGCUACGGGACCUGUACACCCUCAGUGGACUCCAUCCCUCCCCCUUCCACCGCGACAACUUCAGCCCUUAUCUGUUUGCCAGCCGCGACCACCUGCUGUGAGACCCACCACCUAAAAUACGCCCAGUGUCCCCGUUUCUUCCCUGCCACGCGUGCGUGUGCCACGUAAGUGCUAAAGGACCCUGGCCCUCCAAACCAGCCAGGCUCGGCAUCAGAAGAUGGCUGGAAGGACACUUGGGGGGUGGGGGCGUCUCUUGACUGCUCUUUGGCCUUCUGGGACAUCUGGGUAAGCAUAAAUAACCAGGUGGGCCCAUGUCCCUAGGACUGCCCUUUCAACGGCUGAUGCUUGACCCAACUGACCAUUGCCUAUCCAGUGAGAGCUCCUAGUUCUCAGAAUUCAACCGAAAAGUUUACUCCAGCCGAUAGGAACCUCUCACUUCUUAGCGUCCUCAAGCAAGAGGGCAACUCUGGCCAAUGCUCAGUGU